GUCAUUAUGUAAAUGUGCUGUUUAUACCAUUGGAGAAACCUGCAGUCAGCUGAGACUGAAGACGUCACCUGAUGAUGACGACACGUUUCUCCUACUGAAAGCAUCCAGAUGAACAGAAUCAACUUUUGGAGAGUUACGCUUCCUUACAACAUGAAAAAUCUCUCUGACCCAUGAAUAACCCAUCAGACUGGUUCCAGUAGCUUGCAUUAAAACACAGUAAUGUACAGUGCCAUGUUUUCCUUUGUUACCAGUGAGCAGGCUGUUAGAAAGUGAGCAUCUGUUUUUGCGUGCUGGAAAAGUCGGAGAGAGUGAAACAGACAGGCUGUGAGCUCCACGCUCCUCGGUGGAGCACCCUCCCCCAGCCUCACACUCAGUCCACACUGACCGUUCAGGCAGGGCUCCCCAUCCGCAGCUUUAAACACUGCGCACACAUUACCAGCUCACACGGCUCGCCGGGACGUAUAUAUGACCGUAGAUGUUAUUAUGCUCACUAUCCCAGAUGUUGUUCACACAAAGCCGUCCUUUUACCCGGCUCUGCUCUGUUGUAUAGAGUAAACUGAGGUGAACCAUCGGCAUGAACUCAGUGACCCCAAACAGAAGCAUUACGUCCUCCAGAACAGCAGGCGGCAGUGCGGAGCGCGUAAAAGCCUGAGCUGAGCGCAGAGUAGCUGUUCGGCUUACAGAGCAGUAUGGUGCACAGCGUGCCAUGCCGUCUCCCAUCCCGCUGACCCGCCUGCUGCCCAAAGACUUCUGCCCCUCUCUGGACACGGGGCCCUGCAGCAGCCCGCUGACUAAGCACGGCUCCACCUUACAAGUGCCCGCUCAGCGAGCCGCUGGACGAAUCGCCACUCGGCUUUGGUCCUCGGUUAUCCACUGGAAGCAGCUGCGCUCCGUGCAGCCCGUGGGCUCGGGAGGCUUCGGCUCGGUCUACCAGGCGGAGUACUUCGGAGAGACCGUGGCGGUGAAGAAGGUCAACAGGUCCACCAAGAACAAGCUGGCGUCCCAGCAGAGCUUCUGGGCCGAGCUGAACGCGGCGCACCUGCGCCACGCCAACAUAGUGCGCGUAAUAGCUGCCACCACCUGCGUCCCGCCACAGUGUGGAGACGAAGGCAGCAUCGGGGUAAUACUGAUGGAGUUCGUGGGCAGAAGGAACCUCCAGCAGGUCAUUUACGCUGGCACGGAGCCGCUGGGACAGCACAGGUGCGUCAGGUACUCGUCGGACAUCGUUCACGGCCUGAGGUUUCUCCACUCCCACGGCGUCGUGCAUCUGGACAUUAAACCAGCUAACGUGCUGCUGACCAGCGAGGACGUGUGCAAAAUCGCAGACUUCGGCUGUUCUCUCAAACUGGACCCUGGCUGUGAGGUCAGCGCCGCGAGCCACCAGCCACUCGUGGGUGGCACGUACACGCACAGAGCCCCAGAGCUGCUCAGAGGCGAGAGGGUGACUCCUAAAGCGGACAUCUUUUCUUUCGGCAUCACUCUGUGGCAGCUUCUCACCAGAGAGCCGCCCUACACCGGCGACAGGGAGCACGUCAUCUACGCGGUGGUGGCUCACAAUCUGCGGCCUCCUGUUCAGGACCACCAGGUGUUCCGGUCGGAGCCGGGGCGGCUGUUUCGGGCUCUGCUGAGCCGCUGCUGGAACGGAACGCCCCCCUGCAGACCCAGCGCCCAGGAGCUGCUGUCGUCCCUGGAGCAGCUGCAGCCACAGACCUGAUUUGAUCUCCGAAGCUGCGCACGGGUGUGUGGACAGCUGUGGGUUUGAAUAUGUUCAGCUUCAGGAAACGAGCACUGUGCGCUAGGCCAGGUCAAAGCUGAGGAAACCAUGGAAACGCUGGGCGUCUAUGACUACAUGUUUCUACUGUGCAAAUAAUACGUGUGAUAGUCCUCAGAUUGUAGCAUUAAAAUGAGCUGGUUUAUUCUCCUCUCAGCUGUCUGUGCUGCUGUCAGGUCGGUCCUGUGGGACCAGGACAGUUUCCUCCCAGGCGUCCUGAUCCAUCUGUGACAGUUUCCAAAUGUUUCUUAAAUGUGUUGUGAAUCCUAGUGUGUGAAACGUGAUAUUUGGGUGUGAUGGGUUUCAUUAAAAUUCUUUUUUAUGCCACGUUUGUCUGGAGUUCACAUCAUUAGAGGGCAGCAGCUGGUCGGAGGCUCGGUGGGCCACUGCUGCCGUGUCAUGGGAGGACACUUAGUGUUCAAGUAGUACAAAACAAACUGUUUGUUUACAUUUCAAAUAUUGUGUAGCAACACUAAACACAUGGGUCCUCUCUGACUGUCAUUGUGUUCGUAUUUAACCACAAACUGCAUUAGAUUCUUCACGUCAGUGUACGGCUGAGGUGGGCCCGGCUACCAGCCUCAUUCAGCCAAUCAGUUUUCUCCUUAUUUACCAAUCCACCCCCGCACACACAGACGUGCCUCCUGAGCGUGUAGGGGGGUACCCACUGUCAGAGUUGUCGUUGAGCCUCGUAA